AUGCGUGGCUGGGCAAACGGGGGCGCCAUUGGACCCGGACCCUUGGGUAAGCCCUUCAGUGCAUCAACAAAAUCCAGUCGGGUGGACCGCUAUCGCCGUCGAGCUCAAAAAGCGGGAGGUCCCUUUCUUCUUAUCGGUGCCGUUACUCCCACGCCUUCGGUCCACGAAGUCCAAGAGUGCCAAAGGAGCUCGCAUCUCACGGAAGAAUUCUCGUCCCGUACCUCGAUCUUGCAUGGACCUCCAGCACCUCCGCUGCCCAAGGUGCAGACGCCGGGUUCCCGACCCCUGUUCAGCACAAUGCACCCAGAACAGGAAAUGAGAUUUGCUGGACUUUCCUGUCUUUCUCCCUGGCAGGUCCGCUUGGCUGCCAUUGUCACGGUUGCACUCACACUCAAGCUCUCAUAUUCACAGAAACGUAGAUCCCACGCCGCCAAAGACGCAAGCCAACCGAUCGUCUCGGCCAGCCACAUCUUCCCAGCGGGAGGGUGCCAGGUUUUAUCGAACCGUGCCCGUCGUCUCGGAUGA